AUGGAUUUUGGUAUCCCCGGGGACCCUAGAACUAAUCCAUGGAUACCAAGGGAUGACUGUAGAAACACUCAGGAAGGCUUCUCAUUGGAGGAAGGGCCCAGUUCAGGACACACAGGGACAUCUCCCUGGACUACUGUCCAUUCAUCCAUCCAUUCAUCCAUUGUCUCCCCCCACCCCCCAUCUCGGACUGUCCCAAUGACAGCCCUAGCAAGAAGAGACAAGAAACAAGAUAAGUUCACGUUGUCCAGUUUUGAGGUAUUGGAAGAAGUUGCACCGUUCCAGAAACUUACAAUCAUGGCAGAAGGGGAAGGGGAAGCAGGCACCUUCUUCACAAGACGGCAGGAGGGAGUGAGUGGAGAACCAUAUGAGCGAGUGGAUGCUUCCACUACGUGUCUGCACACGUGUGCGUGCACUUGCAUUGUCCUUGCACACCUGCGUGUGUCCCGUGAGAGCGAACGGAGCCCCGCAUGUGCUGGCACCUGCAGGAACGUCCCGCACACUCACGCUGCGUGGUUGCUGCCGGGUGACGCGGGCUGGGCCGGCCCCCUGCCUGCCCGCCCCUGGCACUCACUCCCGGUGGCCUUCGCGGAGGCCCCGCCGCGCCAUGCCGGGCCUGCUGAGCCGCCCCCGGCGGGGGUCGCUCCGGGCCAGGCCGUGCGGGGGCGGGGAGGCGCUGCCUGUAUGACCCCCCGGCGGCGCGGGGAAAAGGCGACCAUUUGCAUCCAGGAGCAUGUGGCCAUCGACGUGUGCCCCGGCCCCAUCCGCCCCAUCCAGCAGAUCUCUGGCUACUUCCCCCACUUCCCGCGGGACCUGCCCCAUGACGCCCCCGCGCGCCCAGCCACUGCCAGCGCCGGCCGCCGCCGCCCCUCUGACGGCGCCCGCGACGACGACAAGGAUGGCGACCAUCUCUUCGGAAGCCUAACGAUCCAGCACAGGUCCCAGCCCUGCGCAGCCGCCCGCCAAGCCGCCAGAGGACCAGCCGAACGCCAAAGGCUAGGAGUGGACGAUUGCACUCAGCGGGUGGAAGGUAUAAAUUUCAGCUGCUCUCAGCCCUGCUGUGUUUUUCCAAAGCCUUCCAACAGCAACAUGAAGUUGGCAGCCUUCCUCCUCCUUGUGAUCCUCAUCAUCUUCAGCCUAGAGGUACAAGAGCUUCAGGCUGCAGGAGACCGGCUUUUGGGUACCUGCAUCGAGCUCUGCACAGGUGACUGGGACUGCAACCCGGGAGACCACUGUGUCAGCAAUGGGUGUGGCCAUGAGUGUGUUGCAGGAUGAAGAGUUAUCUUAAGGAUCAUCUUUCUCUAAGAUCGUCAUCCCUUCCUGGAGUUCCUAUCUUCCAAGAUGUGACUGUCUGGAGUUCCUUGACUAGGAAGAUGGAUGAAAACAGCGAGCCUGUGGAUGGAGACUACAGGGGAUAUGGGAGGCAGGGAAGAGGGGUUGUUUCUUUUAAUAAAUCAUCAUUGUUAAAAGCA